UAUCACUUUAUUAUGCAUCACGUUUUUGGGAUAAAUACACAUCAGGAUUUAACAAAAUAUGUUAAAUACAAUAUGGCGGUAUUGCUUUCACUUAAAAGUGUUAACAAUUAAGAUGGGAAAAAUAAAACAGUAAAUAUAUUCUUUAAAUCGAACUUUUGUUGUAAAUCUUCUAUUUUAAUAAUUUAUUCAUGUUUAAAACGAUGUUUGUUUCGGCGUCAUGCUGCUCGUUAGGUAUAACUUCACUCGGGACAUUUUAGUAUCGAGUUGCUCAAAAUUGUUAGGGUUGUCAACUGAAUAGCGAUGUUUUCGAUUGAGUUAAUAUUUCUAUACAUGAUGGCAUCAGCUAGUAAGAUAGAAAACAACCUUGUUAUUACUCGUGCUGUAAUAAUAUAAUUCAUGAAAAACAAACAUGGUCUUAUCAAAUCUAUUCCGAAGACAAACAUACGGCUGAUAGAAUUCAGUCAGCGCGGUUUGGGCGACAUCACUCAGAGCUCUAGCUCUUAUCUUGCUUAUCGAGCAAGCGAUAAAACAAGCAGUAACGAGAAAACAAGAGAAAGAAGGCUAGCUUCCUGGAGAAGACCAAGAUAAAGUAUCUCAAAAUUCAGGAAACGGUCCAAGACCGAAGCUCCAAAGCUCUUGUGUUCAGUUAAACUCUGAUAGUGAAUAAGCUUCGUGUAUUGUACCGACCCAUUGUCAAUCAUGCAAACUUGAUAUUAUAUUGACAAGAGAAGAAGGCAGUUUAAAUUAAAACUCUAAAGUAGAGAGACAUUAAUCUCAGCUGACAAGGCAGGUGGUCACAGUCUAUACAAAAAUAACACACAUAAUGUCCCGUAGAAAGCAAAGUAAUCCACAACACGUACAUAACCACGAUGAUGAUUUCAUUGAAACGCAUAAAAGCAAAAAAACAAAAUACAUGACCCGAUUACAAGAUGAAAGUCCUAAAGAUCAACAUUUGGAAAGUGCACCAACAACAAAUACAAACGAACUUGACUACAAAUACUCAGAUUCGAGUCAAUCCUCGGGUGAACCAGGAUCCCCUCUGCCGAACAGAAUAAAUGUUGAGAGAAAGUUUGGUUGCAGCAGAUGUGGUGUUGCUUUUCUACAGAGGAGCUCACUUGAGGUACACCAGGAGAACUACUGCACUGGUCAGCGUUACAAGUUGGAAUGCAAGAUAUGCGGAGCCAAAUUUUCCGAUAAAGACAUGUUCGAGAUGCACAUGGAAGUACAUUCGUGGAAAUUUACUUGUCACCUAUGCCAGACGCAAUAUGAGACCCAAGAGUCCUAUGAUAGACACUUCGCAGUGCAUGUAACGAAACCAAAUGGAUCGUGCAAAAUUUGUACUUACAAGUCACUUUCGCCAGAAGAUAUGACAAAGCAUUUGAAAGUACAUCGGAAUUAUUCUGGUAAUCAUUUUCCAACUGACUGUAAAAAUGCUAGUCAAGGAAAAGUAAAAGAAGACUUACCAUGUGCAACGGAGCGCGAAGAAACUGGAGACGCAUGUGUGCAGAGUAGUAAGGCGAUAACGAAGGUAAAACCACCUGAAAAAUCGAAUGAACCUAAAGAGGGUAGUUUUACAUGCAUUGUGUGUUCUGUAUGUUUUGACGAGGUCGACUCGCUGCAGCAGCACUUACUAAAUGUACAUGCGUCUAACCAACCAAAGAAAGCUGUAAUGAAACCUAAAGAAGCAUCCAUUCCGAACUUUCGUCGCCACAGCAUUGCAGUGAACCGGAUAGAACCAGAAAUAUCAUCGAGCCCACAUCAUUCUGCUGUUGGGAUAAAGCGCAAGUUUUCGGAUGUUGAACAAAGAAAUAUUCCUGCUCGACGCAAUGAUAUGUUUCUAAAGUUUGCUCAAGAAAACUCCUCUCGUAAUGAAGGGGUGCUAAUGGGGAGACCUAUCAUACGUUACCCGGGAACAAACAACCACGUCUCACCUGAAAGAUAUCGUUGCACAGAUUGUGAUAUCAGCUUUGAGAGUUUAAACAAUUUCAGAGUGCAUAAAAAGUAUUAUUGUUCCGAAAGACGGGUAAUAAUGAAAGAAAGCGAAAUUAACAGGGCAAAUAAAAAUCCAGCAAAGAAGAAGCGCGCGUCAAAAGCUGGUUCCCAAGAGGGAGAAUCAAUGCAUCAUGAACCAGACGAAGAUAAACAAACAUCACCAGAAUCCAGUGUGAAGUCGACCAAGGAAACAGAGCAGCGACCACUUCGCAAAACCCCCGCGCGUCACUCUCGAAAAGUUAAGAAAUACGAAUGCAAGGAAUGCAGUAUCCGAUUUUCCAAGUUUGACACCUACUUGGCCCAUAAGAAGUAUUACUGUGAGAGUCGAAGAAGUGAAAAAUCGACAGGAAAACAUCCCCACGUCAUACCACAUGACAAAAGCAGCGAAUCAUCGUCGGACGCUGAUACACAUCCAGUUGAUAGGAAUAGCCUUGGGACGAACCGUAGUCCAUUCCAGGAGCCUCUUCGUCAUGAUUUGCUUCCCGACUUUCCAUUUCCCUAUCCUGAUAUACACAUGAUGUUGGGUGAUCCAAACCAAGUUUCAGCUCUGCUUACGCCACUUGUAAAGCUUUAUAUUUCAUCCAUGAAGUACAACAUGCUCCAGUCAGAAAGGAAAGUUGGAAAUCGUCGAGUCCCAAAUUUGGAUAACGAUUCAGUGACCCGAGACGAUGCUGCAGGGCAUUCACCACGCGCACGAAGCGACAACCCUUCAGUUAAACUCCGCCCGAUUAAAACAGAAAAGAACGAAGACGAACUUGUCCGUUCCGCGGCUCCAACGGAAACUUCCCGCGCCGAAAACGUUCACUCUUUAAAAACUUUAAACCCCUCUAUUAUUCAAUUCCCUGUAAGCAUAAAACAAGAAGCUGUGACAACAAUAUAACUACAACAAGCUUUAUCCAAUUUGUUUAUAUUACGAUCCACUGACAAAUGAAGCAACUAGUAAACAGAUUACUAAAUACAUUGCUUUGAAUUAUCUCGAUCUAAUUUCUCGGUCCGUUUGUUGGGUAAUGAACGUGAUACGGCGUUUAGACGAUAAUGUUUAUAUACUAGUUAUGAUAAUCAAUGAUGUAUAUACUAUAUAUACCACACGGGAAUUGCAACAUCCUUUAUCAAACACAAACAACAACAAAUAUAAAACUCCAAUAA